UUCUCCAGUCACUUCAAUCCUGCUUCUUAGGCCUCCUCUAUUAUAACCUUCCUUUCCCCUUUUCUCGUUCUCGUACUAUUAUCUGCCUCAACCCGUAGCCUUCAUUGGACUCCAGUAACAACAGGCAUGGACUCGAGUCGCCUAUCACCGACGUCGCCGUUAACGCCUGACCGCUCCUGGUCCCAGCCGUCAUCUAGUAAAACAACUCAAUCUCCCCACCCAUCGGAAAUUCUCCCAUCUCCCGACUCAGACGUGUCAGAUUCCGAUUUGAGCGCUCCAAAACUUCCCCGGGAAUCUCGCGGCGCCGCGGGAGUCUCGACAAUAUCAAGGUUGUGGGGCGGCGGUGCCAGCGCGGCAGCCACUGCGGUACCACCAUGCGGCCGUCAGGCGUGCGGAUUUGACGGGCCGGCAGCUUAUAGCCGGCCGUUGACGGGCGACGAGGAGCUGUGGUGGCGCGCGAUGCACGGCGGCACCGGCGUCUGCGUCGUCGGGCUGCAGAUUGCCGGCCACGUCAGCAUGGACGAGGUUCGGGCAGCUCUCAAAUCUUUAUCUGCCCGGCACCCUGUCCUGUCCGCCCGGAUAUUCAAGCCGCCCAAGUCGCACCGCCCGGAGCUCCACGUGUGCCGACCUCCCCAGCCAAUCACAGUACGCGAGCGCAACGUUGAUGACGUGGCAAUCGGCGAGACUUCAACGGAUCCAAGAAGAUCCGGAUCCAAUCCGGUGAAGGAUUCGGAUUUUCAUGCUGACGUGGCGUCUCGGAAUGGCUUGCUGCAUCGGGUGGUUGAAGCAGAGCUGAACACGCCCAUGAUGGACGGUCAGGGAGACACGUGCGUUGACGUGUUCCAGGUCCACGUGUACGCGUCCCAUUCGAACGGGACGCUUGUCGUGCUCCGGUCGCACAUCGCCGCCCUGGACGAGCACUCGGCGCCGCCCAUCGCGGCGGGAUUCCUGGAAGAGCUGCGACGCGCAAAGGCCGAAAUCAACCGCACUCUCUCUUCCUCCUCCCCCUCCUACUCCUCUUCCUCUCCCACCUCCUCUCCUCUCUCCCCCCACCAAGAUAAAACAGCGCCGCCCUCCCUCCCUCCUCCCCUCGUGGCGCUCCUCCCAAAGUCACUCUCCGUUAAGAGCGCCUCCGUUAAAGGCACAUUCGCGCAAGCCUUCAACGCCGUUGGCUACGUGCGCAACGCCCUCGUUUCCUCGCACCUUCCUUUCGAGCCCGGGCGAGCUGAUUCGAGGAAGAACUCGUUUAGGACGCGAUUCGUUACAGUCGCAUUCACUAGAGAGGAAACUGCCGCCCUUCUGGCUGCAGCGGAGUCGCACGGGUGCUCGCUCUUCUCCCUAGAGUGCGCAGCGGGGCUCAAAGCUGCCGCCCGGAUGAAGCAACUGGGCGGCAGAACUGAAAUAUUCAGCUUGGGAAGUGCCAUUGGUUGCCGGGCUAUACUGGACCCGCCCCUUCCCUCCACCGCAUUGGGAGAAUACAUGUCCAUGCUGCCACUCAAGCAGGAGGUUUCCGAGAAGCUGCCCUUCUGGGACGUUGCCACGUCAAUCAGCGCCCGCGCUGAGUCAGCACUGCAGCGGCAGCAGCAGUUCACAGACAUGCCUGUGCUCGAGCUGCUAUUUUCCACUGCCAUGAAAAUGCCGAGCCUCUCCCCGGACCACUCCCUCCGAACCUGCUUCCUCACAGCUGGCAUGCUUGCACCCCUCAGGGUUGACUGGCAGCUGUCUGCUGCAGAUGCCACUUCUGCCACUUCUCGCACAGAUCUUCACAGAAGUGAGAGUGGUAACACCCGCAGCAUCAGCAGCUGCACCAGCAGCCCCAGCAGCAGCCCCACCAACAGCACUGAGUCUCACAAGCAGCAGCAGCAGCAGCAGCAGGUGCAUCUGGAGCACGUGCAACUGGAGGAGGUGCAACUGGAGCAGGUGCAUCUGGAGCAUGUGUUAGGGCCAGUGGUUUCAGCGCAUGGGGUUGGACCCGCCAUUGCCAUCCCAGACACCCUUUCGGAUGGCGUCCUUCGCCUGAGCUUCGUUUUUGUCACACCCCUCUUUACUCACGAGCGCAUGUCCACAUUCGCUGCGCUCACAAGAGACCUCCUGCUAGAAGCUGCCGCCUCAUGAGUCAUGAGUCAUGUGACUAGUGAUAUCUGGAUUGGCACAAGGUGUAAUUCCUAGCACUCACGAGGGCAUGUCCACAUUCUCUGGACUCACAAGGGACUUCCCUGCUGGAAGCUGCAGCCUUGUGAUCUCUACACCACUU